CGUCCCGAAGACACUAUGGCAGCUGCCCUGUUGCGGGGGCUCGCGGGGGCAGCUGGUGUGCGGGCGGGGCGGGGAGCGGCCGGGGCCGUCUCGGGCCUCCCUCAGGCCGCGUCUAUGGUUGUAGGGGCGGCUCGCGCCGGGGUCCUGCUACCGGUGAGAAAGGAGAGCAGCCCGGCGGCCGGAAGCCAGCACCCCACAGUUAGACAGUGGGAUGAGGUGACCCAUAAGCAGCUCUCUGCUUUUGGAGAAUAUGUUGCUGAGAUCCUACCCAAAUAUGUCCAGCAAGUUCAGGUAUCUUACUUCAAUGAACUAGAGAUCUGUAUCCAUCCUGAUGGAGUCAUCCCUGUGCUGACAUUCCUCAGAGAUCACACCAAUGCCCAAUUCAAAUCUUUGGCUGAUUUGGGAGCAGUUGAUGUCCCAACCCGGCAGAACCGUUUUGAGAUUGUUUAUAACCUGCUUUCUCUGCGCUUCAAUUCUCGGAUCCGGGUAAAGACGUAUGCAGAUGAGCUGACUCCUGUUGAUUCUGUAGUCUCAGUGCACAAAGCUGCAAAUUGGUAUGAAAGGGAGAUAUGGGACAUGUUUGGAGUCUACUUUGCCAAUCACCCUGAUCUCAGGAGGAUCCUGACAGACUAUGGGUUUGAGGGGCAUCCUUUUCGGAAGGACUUCCCCCUCUCUGGAUAUGUAGAGGUCCGCUACGAUGAUGAGGUGAAGCGGGUCGUGGCAGAACCAGUGGAACUAGCCCAGGAGUUCCGGAAGUUUGACCUGAACAGCCCCUGGGAGGCUUUCCCUGCUUAUCGACAACCUCCAGAGAGACCCAAACUUGAGGCUGGAGUUAAGAAACCUGAAGCUAAAUAGCUCCUGGCAAGAACAGAGCCCACCUUGUAACAGAGUAUUUAUGUAAAUAAAGACUUACUUGGACUUGCA